AUACACGUCGUGGCUGGAAAAGUGGGCCACAGAACUAGGGCCCUUAGACCCCUGGACUCCAAUACCAGGUAAUGGUCAAGGGGGUCGUUUGCUCCCCUGGACUCUGGAACCAUUCUGGCUCCCAUCCAUAACCAAAUUUGAGGGCUCUCAUACCUCUGCCCCCCCCCCACAUAUUCCUGGACCUCUUCCAUCCUGACUCACCCACACCUGCUUAGAGGUUCUCUCCCUGAGGCAGUAGAGGGUGAGGGUGGGGGAAAACAGGGAAAGAACAUUUAUGAGAUGUGUUCUCUCCUGGGAGCCAAAAGACAUUCCUCAGUGACAGAGGAGAACCAGGCCUGAGCCAGGGAAGGAACAGAGCAUCCUCAAAACAGGCCUCCUUAGUCAGGCAUGGUAGCACACUCUGUAAUACCAGGAGGCAGAGGCAGAGAUGAGAGGAUCAGAAGUUAGCAGCUAGCCUGGGCCGCGUAGCAAGUUCAAGGCCAGCCAAGGCUGCAUAAUGAGUCUUUGUCUUUGGUGGGGGGCAUGGCUUAGCAAAUAAAGGUGCCAAUCAAUCAAUCCCCAGCACCUACAAAGUGGAAAGAAAGAGAGUGAAAGAGAGCGGAGACUCCAUCCCUUGUCCCAGGCUGUGUACUCAGGACCCAGAGCCAAGUUUAUUCUUUGUUUCUCCCCCAUACUUUACCACCUCCCCAGCUCUUCCUGGCUGUAACAGGUGCAGACCUCCCUCCCAAAGAGACAGGUUCACAAACACCUCUGCCCUCGAGUGCCUAAUGCAUCCAAAAUACGAACCUGUUAACAUUUUGUAAUUAGGAUUAUUUACCAUUCUUCUGAGGAAGACACUGGGAACCUCAGAUUUGGUUCCCAAGAUGAGAGUCACACUCGUUAUCCACAGGGCCAUUCACCAGCCUCCUGAAGCCCUCCAGGCUGGUUCUCCACCCUGGUACUACCCCUAGUCCUCCCGGGUACGAGGACAACGUGUCUGUGCUGGAAGUAUUUGCUAUUUCUUUCUGGGGGUCAGCGGGGAAAGCCGGUGGUAAAGAACAUUGUGCAACAUAGGAAUCUUCCAAUACAGUGGUCCUAGCUCCCAGUGCCUGGAAAGCACCUCAAAUAACACUUGAGUGAACUAACCAAGGACUGGGUUUUCUCCCCUUCUCUCUCUCUCCUUCAUUUUGAGAUAUGGUCUGACUGGAACCCUGUGUAAACCAUGUGGACCAAGCUGUCCUCAAACUUGCAAGCAACCUCCUGUGCAAGCAACCUCCUGUCUCCCCUGUCCCCAUCUGUUUUUUGUUUUGUUUUUGUUUUUGUUUUGAUAGGGUCUCACGCUAUUAUAGCCCAGGCUGCGCCAGAAUUCGUGACAGUUCUCCUGCCUCAGUCUCCCGCGUUCUGGGAUUACAGGUGUGAGCCGCUUAUACAUGGUCUGAAAAACUGAAUUUUAAGACUUAACGAGCUCAGAUUUAAACACCAGUCUACUGCUGGCGUAGGUGAAGACUACGCCCAGCCCCAAGGCCUACCCGGACCCCAGAACACCACCUCCCUCCCUUGCGCCACAGGAACUGGGGGCUACAUUCCUGGAGGUUUUGGGGACCUGUUCUAAUUGUCACGAGCUGCCCCCAGAAGCCUUGUCCGUGAAAACAGAGCCCGUGGGCUUCUGUCCCUGGUCUCGCCCUGGGCCACCAGAGGCCGCUGCGAGACAGCUGUGUUCACCCUCCCCACAGAGCGCCCCACACAUCUCGAAGGAGGCAGAGGUCCCCGCAAGGGCUGAAGCAGCGGGGACAACUCCCAGGCAAGCGGCUGCGCGCUCCGCAGCCUGAGGGCGGGAAGCUUGGGUGGACCCGGCUGAGCCCCACAGGGCUGGUGGGUCCAGGCCCAGAGCAUCCUAGUGCUCAGAACCGGGCUCACUAGGACGCCGGAUUAGCCAUUGCCCUGCACUCCUCGGGGCACAGCAACUUGAUAGCUCGGGACCAGACAACACCCAAGCUGGCCACUCCCGGGAGAAACCCGCCUUUGGGAGUCUAGAUCCCAAGCUCAGAGGCAUCGAGGACCUCAGGCCAGAGGGUUGAACCGGGGCCACUGCUGUGGAGCAGUUUCUCACGGGAGACUGAGCGGGGACAGGACCUUGGGGGAGAAUGGAGGCGCCCUUGUGGGCUGUGCGCUGAAGCCGGGACCUGUUGCACCGCUAGGCUAGCGCUCUGUAAGGACUGUAGCAGAAUUAAGCCAGCUCCAGAAGAGCCCAGGAAGGGUCUGGUCUCUCUCUAUUCUGAACUACCUCCAAAUGGCUCCCUGCUUGUCCAGGUGGAAUGAGUCUGAGACCAGCAGAUGAACAGACAGAAGCCUGAAGACUCCGGGGACCGCUCUGCCUUCCUGUUCCCUGGUCCUUCUGUAUCACUCAUCACUGGCUGCAAGCUGCCUGGAGACGAGAAUGAGCGAGAGGACCGCGAGCAACUGGAGCCCAGGCAGCUGGGUGCUAGCACUGUGCUUGGCCUGGCUGUGGACACGUCUGGCCUCUGCUUCUUUGCAGCCUCCGACAGCCGCAGUCCUAGUAAAGCAAGGCACCUGUGAGGUGAUCGCCGCACAUCGCUGCUGCAACCGGAAUCGCAUCGAGGAGCGCUCCCAGACCGUCAAAUGCUCCUGCCUUUCUGGCCAGGUGGCUGGCACCACAAGGGCAAAGCCCUCCUGCGUGGAUGCCUCCAUCGUCCUGCAGAAGUGGUGGUGUCAGAUGGAGCCCUGCCUGCUGGGGGAGGAGUGUAAGGUGCUCCCGGACCUGUCGGGGUGGAGCUGCAGCAGUGGACACAAGGUCAAAACCACCAAGGUCACACGAUAACUCUCAGGGUCAUGGCUUAGGCAGAAAGAACAGCCUUGACUGAGCUCUGGACUGAAGAAUGGCUUCUGGUCAGCAGCCAGCAGAUAUGAGGACUCACUCACCCGGACAUGGAGUUCCAUGUCAAAUGCAACAUCAAACUUGCCAGGGCCCUGUUAGUCAUGCUGCUUAGCAGAAAUGCUUGGAUCUUCGGCCACGUACUUAGAGACCCGUGCUCUCCUACGAACAAAGGUCAACACAUAUAAUCCUGUCCUUACGGAAUAUCUUGUCAAGCUAGGGAGUAGAUGGCAGAUGAUUUAAGCAGUUUAAAGUGUGUGGUACCAUGGCCUCUGAGCUACCUGCUGUGGGUGUGGUGGGGACGGGGUGGAUGAGAGUCUCAUAGAUCUUCAGCUAUCCUCUGAUCGUGAUUACAGGACGCAAGGUCAUGACGUCCUAUCAGUACCUUCCCAUCAGUCCUGCAUCCCCAGAAAGAUGCUAAGAUGUUAAAGGAGACACUGUCCCCUGAUGCCAAGCCAGUGGGAUCUCUUUUGGACAGCGUGGGAAAGCAGAGAUGAAGCCCAGCAGUUCUUCAGCACAGCCCUCAGGGGCAGGGUGUGUGGCUCACACCCUUUGCAGUCUAUGGGAUGGACAGGUCCUCAAGAUCACCCCCACCCCAACUUCAGGUGGUUUUGUUUUUGCUUCCCCCCCGCCUUGUUUUAAUGGAUGAGAAAACUGAGUCACAGAGAGAUGAGAUGGUUUGCCCAAGAUAGAUCUCACAGCUCGGGCUUCCAAACCAUAGCUGCUGAGAUUCCAGGGUAGGUCUUACCUGGUAAUUUUAUCUAGAGAGCAGGACCCUGCAAACACUUUCUGGAGAGCAGCGACAUGUUUCUUGGGAGGUGGGAUUUUGAUCACUGGGACUUUGAUUGAUGCCACUGAUCUCCUAUCCAAAAUAAUCCAGAAUCCCCACCAACUGCAGAGUGGAGCCACUUCUCAGUCCCCCAAGUCCAAGCAGUCCCCAUGGUAGCCCAGAGGUCACUCGGCCUAGUUGCAGCUGGAGCACUGGAGCUGGCAUCCCACUGGAGCUGGCACCCCACUGGAGCUGGCAUCUCACUGGAGCUGGGACCCCACUGGAGCUGGCAUCCCACUGGAGCUGGCAUCCCACUGGAGCUGGCAUCUCACUGGAGCUGGGACCCCACUGGAGCUGGCACCCCACUGGAGCUGGCAUCCCACUGGAGCUGGCACCACACUGGAGCAGGCAUCCCAUUCAUUGCCCCUCUGGCCCUUCUGAGAGCUUCAGCCGUCUCCCUACAUAGGUACUCGGAAGGCAGAGAGUCAGGCCAGAGUACAGCCCAAAGUUGAAGUUCUUUACAAUCAGGCUGGCGUGGGAGUAGCAUGCUGGCUUCCUCUCCUCACCAAGGCCUCAGUUAGGGAAUGGGGUGUGUUAGAGGCCAGCCUGGAUGAUGCCCAAUCCUGAGAAGGCAUCAGUGAUAGCUGAGGAUGGAGCCUCGGCUUCCCCUGUCUCCCUAAGCAUUUGACUAAGACUCUGAUAUCACCCCACCUCGGGGCACGUUCUUGUUUUCACUAUAUGAGAUGAGCGGUAAUGUUAACUUCAGAAGGGAGGCCUCUAACAGUCUCUGCAUACGGCAGGCCCACAGGCCAGGGUCCCCAUGGAGAGGUCAAAGGCUGUCAUGGCCUCUUUCCACACCGAAGAGUAGAGGUCGGAGGAUAGAUGCAGGGGGUCGGCAAAUAUUUUCUGGAAAGAGCAAGAAAGUGAAUAUUCUAUGUUCUGCAGACCAUAUUAAGUCUCUGUGACAUAGUCUUUGUUUCAGUUUGUUUUGAAAACAUUUCAGAACUGCCAGUGCCAUCUUUAGCUCUAGGGUGGAAGAAACACAUUGUGACCCAUUUCAGGUGUCUGUCACGGCUCCCAGGGGACAGUUGAAGGCCUGGGAUGGCCUCCCAGCCUCCUGGCUUGCCCUCUGUGCCAUGGAAACCUGAGCACAGGGCUAGGGCUGGCUUUGUUUUUCUCCUAAUGCUCAGAGAGAGAGAGAGAGAGAGAUGGGUGAGUGAAUUAUUUAGGUUACAAAUGAGACAGCUUUAGCGGAGCCAGACAAUAAAAGCCCGCUUUCCUGGAGGCCAGAAUAUAGGUUCUGCAGGCUGCCGUGGGGCUCAGUGACAGAGCGCUGGACACUGUCACAGUCUUGCUUCAGCCCCCGCCCCCCGCCACACACACACACACACACACACA